CUCGGCCUCCCAAAGUGCUGGGAUUACAGGCGUGAGCUACCGCGCCCAGCCCAAAGUUUGUAUUAUUAAUAAAUCCUAGAGCUUCAGUUCCCUUUGCAGCGCCCUCUCCUGGAAGGAUGCCAAUAUGCAGGCUUUGCCUCAGACCUGAGCCCUGGACUCCAACCUCGGUCUGGAGUGGGUUUCUGUUUCUCUUCUUUCCCUUCCCUACCCACCUUCCCUGUACCUCCAAUACCAGCACACUGAACCACUCAUGCCAAGGGGGUCUCCAGCGUUGGGACUCAGGUUUUCAGGGCCCAGGUGGGACCCUGGACCUCUAGGUUCAACCCGCCUUUCCCCUCAGCCCUAGUCCCUGUCCCACAACCCCAGCCUCACACCACCAGCCCAUUUAUCUGGAGGACCCUUAGUCUGAGAUAGCGCCAAGAAUCCCGAUAGGAUGGCAGAGGCCUAUUGCCAGGUGGGGAAUCCCAUUCCUUCCCUGUUUCCUCCCUCUCUGUAACCCUUCUCCCCCUCCCUGCCCCCACUCCCACCUGCUCUGUGGCCUCCGUCCCCAUCUCUGGCUACACAGGUUUCUGAGGUAUAGCCACAAGGGGUAGAAGUUAAACUACUAGCGGGACAGGAAGGAAGAGGCGGGGAGAGGGGCCGAGAGAGAGGUGGGGAUUAGGGUCUACGGGGUCACUUUCCCAUUCCACCUCCUCCAAAAGACUUUACCCUCUUGUGCAGGAUCUGGAUUUUACGGAAAAAAAAAAAAAAGAAGAAAGGAAGAAAGGAAGGAAGGAGGAAAGAAAGAAAGAAAAGGAAGGAAAGAAAGAAAAAAGAAUGAAUGAAAGAAAGAAAGAAAAAACAAUUUACUGUCUUUGUCAGGGAAGAAAGAACGGGCUUCGGAAUAUAAUCAUUUGCUGUGUGAUAUUGACUACGUUUCUUGACCUCUCUGAGCCUGAGGUUUUUCAUCUGCAAAGUGGCAUAGGGCAAAAAUGCUAAAUUCACAGUGCCCAGCACUACUCCUAGAGCAUAAUUUACCUUCAGAAAAUGUUAGAUUCUUUUACUUACCCUUCAUUCCAUUUCCAGGCACCCCUCCCCGCCAACCACCUCCCUUUUCUUGAAAUUUUCAGGAUGCUUCUGGCUCUAGGUUCCCUGCCCUCACCCCUGUGGCCCUAGUCCCGGGCAGCCUCGGGUUACUUGGGGUUUUCCCGGUGGCUAGAGGCUCUCUACCCCCGCCUUUUCGCAGCAGGGCUGAGGCACGCGCUUGCGCGGGGUCCGGGAAACCGGCGCGUGCCAGGAGACAGAGGCUGGGGAAGGGGGAGGUGAGAGGAGAGAGGGUGGAAAGGAGAGGAUAGAGAGAGAAGAGCGGAGGACCAGGAACCACAGAGAGAGAGAGAGAGAGAAAAGAGAGAGGAGAGAGAGAGAGCGCUUGGGGGCGAAAGGAGAGAGGGAGGGAGGGGUGGGUAAGGAGGAGAGAGCGGUCUGCUGCAAACCCCAGGAGGAGAGCUUGGAGCCCAAGCCAGAACUCGAGCCCUAGCCGGAGCCGUUCACAGGGAGGCGGCUGCCGGGACCGUCAGCCCUGCAUGAUGCGUCUCCGGCUCUUCUGCAUCCUGCUCGCCGCGGUCUCAGGAGCCGAGGGCUGGGGCUACUACGGCUGCGACGAGGAGCUGGUGGGUCCCCUGUAUGCACGCUCCCUGGGCGCCUCCUCCUACUACAGUCUCCUUACUGCGCCGCGAUUCGCCAGGCUGCACGGCAUAAGCGGGUGGUCACCACGGAUUGGGGAUCCGAAUCCCUGGCUCCAGAUAGACUUAAUGAAGAAGCACCGGAUCCGGGCCGUGGCCACACAGGGCUCCUUCAAUUCUUGGGACUGGGUCACACGUUACAUGCUGCUCUACGGCGACCGAGUGGACAGCUGGACACCGUUCUACCAGCGAGGGCACAACUCGACCUUCUUUGGUAACGUGAACGAGUCGGCGGUGGUGCGCCAUGACCUGCACUACCACUUCACUGCGCGCUACAUCCGCAUUGUGCCCCUGGCCUGGAACCCACGCGGCAAGAUCGGCCUGAGGCUGGGCCUCUAUGGCUGCCCAUACAAGGCCGACAUACUCUAUUUCGACGGCGACGAUGCCAUCUCGUACCGCUUCCCGCGAGGGGUCAGCCGAAGCCUGUGGGACGUGUUCGCCUUCAGCUUCAAGACCGAGGAGAAGGACGGGCUUCUGCUGCACGCCGAGGGCGCCCAGGGCGACUACGUGACGCUCGAGCUGGAGGGGGCACACCUGCUGCUGCACAUGAGCCUGGGCAGCAGCCCUAUCCAGCCAAGACCAGGUCACACCACCGUGAGCGCAGGCGGAGUCCUCAAUGACCAGCACUGGCACUACGUGCGGGUGGACCGAUUUGGCCGCGACGUAAAUUUCACCCUGGACGGCUAUGUGCAGCGCUUUAUUCUCAAUGGAGACUUCGAGAGGCUGAACCUGGACACUGAGAUGUUCAUCGGAGGUCUGGUGGGCGCCGCGCGGAAGAACCUCGCCUAUCGGCAUAACUUCCGUGGCUGCAUAGAAAACGUAAUCUUCAACCGCGUCAACAUCGCAGACCUGGCCGUGCGGCGCCAUUCCCGGAUCACCUUCGAGGGUAAGGUGGCUUUUCGUUGCCUGGACCCUGUACCGCACCCUAUCAACUUCGGAGGCCCUCACAACUUCGUUCAAGUGCCCGGUUUCCCACGCCGCGGCCGCCUGGCAGUCUCAUUUCGCUUCCGCACCUGGGACCUCACCGGGCUUCUCCUUUUCUCCCGUCUGGGGGACGGGCUGGGCCACGUGGAGCUGACGCUCAGCGAAGGGCAGGUCAACGUGUCCAUCGCGCAGAGCGGCCGAAAGAAGCUUCAGUUCGCUGCUGGGUACCGACUGAAUGACGGCUUUUGGCACGAGGUGAAUUUUGUGGCACAGGAAAACCAUGCAGUCAUCAGUAUUGAUGAUGUGGAGGGGGCAGAGGUCAGGGUCUCAUACCCACUGCUGAUCCGGACAGGGACCUCAUAUUUCUUUGGGGGUUGUCCCAAGCCAGCCAGUCGAUGGGACUGCCACUCCAACCAGACGGCAUUCCAUGGCUGCAUGGAGCUGCUCAAGGUGGAUGGUCAACUGGUCAACCUGACUCUGGUGGAGGGCCGGCGGCUUGGAUUCUAUGCUGAGGUCCUCUUUGAUACAUGUGGCAUCACUGAUAGGUGCAGCCCUAACAUGUGUGAGCAUGAUGGACGCUGCUACCAGUCUUGGGAUGACUUCAUUUGCUACUGCGAACUGACAGGCUACAAGGGAGAGACCUGCCACACACCUUUGUAUAAGGAAUCCUGUGAGGCUUAUCGGCUCAGUGGGAAAACUUCUGGAAACUUCACCAUUGAUCCUGAUGGCAGUGGUCCCCUGAAGCCAUUUGUAGUGUACUGUGAUAUCCGAGAGAACCGAGCGUGGACAGUUGUGCGGCAUGACAGGCUGUGGACAACUCGAGUGACAGGUUCCAGCAUGGAGCGGCCAUUCCUGGGGGCUAUCCAGUAUUGGAAUGCAUCCUGGGAGGAAGUCAGUGCCCUUGCCAAUGCUUCCCAGCAUUGUGAACAGUGGAUCGAAUUCUCCUGCUACAAUUCCCGGCUGCUCAACACUGCAGGAGGCUACCCCUACAGCUUUUGGAUUGGCCGAAAUGAGGAGCAGCACUUCUACUGGGGAGGCUCCCAGCCUGGGAUCCAGCGCUGUGCCUGUGGUCUGGACCGGAGCUGUGUGGACCCUGCCUUGUACUGCAACUGUGACGCCGACCAGCCCCAGUGGAGAACUGACAAAGGACUGCUGACCUUUGUGGACCAUCUGCCUGUCACUCAGGUGGUGAUAGGGGAUACGAACCGCUCCACUUCCGAGGCCCAGUUCUUCCUGAGGCCUCUGCGCUGCUAUGGCGAUCGAAAUUCCUGGAACACCAUUUCCUUCCACACCGGGGCUGCACUACGCUUCCCCCCAAUCCGUGCCAACCACAGUCUGGAUGUCUCCUUCUACUUCAGGACCUCUGCUCCCUCGGGAGUCUUCCUAGAGAAUAUGGGGGGCCCUUACUGCCAGUGGCGCCGACCUUAUGUGCGGGUGGAACUCAACACAUCCCGGGAUGUGGUCUUCGCCUUUGAUGUGGGGAAUGGGGAUGAGAACCUCACAGUACACUCAGACGACUUUGAGUUCAAUGACGACGAGUGGCACCUGGUCCGGGCUGAAAUCAACGUGAAGCAGGCCCGGCUCCGAGUGGAUCACCGGCCCUGGGUUCUGCGGCCUAUGCCGCUGCAGACCUACAUCUGGAUGGAAUAUGACCAGCCCCUCUAUGUGGGAUCUGCAGAGCUUAAGAGACGCCCCUUUGUGGGUUGCUUGAGGGCCAUGCGUCUGAACGGAGUGACUCUGAACCUGGAGGGCCGUGCCAAUGCCUCUGAGGGGACCUCACCCAACUGCACAGGCCACUGUGCCCACCCCCGGCUCCCCUGUUUCCAUGGAGGCCGCUGUGUGGAGCGCUAUAGCUACUACACGUGUGACUGUGACCUCACGGCUUUUGAUGGGCCAUACUGCAACCAUGAUAUCGGUGGUUUCUUUGAGCCGGGCACCUGGAUGCGCUAUAACCUACAGUCAGCGCUGCGCUCUGCAGCCAGGGAGUUCUCCCACAUGCUGAGCCGGCCAGUGCCAGGCUAUGAGCCUGGCUACAUCCCGGGCUAUGAUACUCCGGGCUAUGUGCCUGGCUACCAUGGCCCCGGGUACCGCCUGCCCGACUACCCCCGGCCUGGUCGGCCUGUGCCCGGUUACCGUGGGCCUGUCUACAAUGUUACGGGAGAGGAGGUCUCCUUCAGCUUCAGCACCAGCUCUGCCCCUGCUGUCCUGCUCUACGUCAGUUCCUUUGUUCGUGACUACAUGGCUGUGCUCAUCAAGGAUGAUGGGACCCUUCAGCUGCGAUAUCAGCUGGGCACCAGUCCCUAUGUGUACCAGCUAACCACUCGACCGGUGACCGAUGGCCAGCCCCAUAGCGUCAAUAUCACCCGUGUUUACCGGAACCUCUUCAUCCAGGUGGACUACUUCCCACUGACAGAGCAGAAGUUCUCGCUGUUGGUGGACAGCCAGUUGGACUCACCCAAGGCCUUGUAUCUAGGGCGUGUGAUGGAGACAGGAGUCAUUGACCCGGAGAUCCAGCGCUAUAACACCCCAGGUUUCUCGGGCUGCCUGUCUGGUGUUCGAUUCAAUAAUGUGGCUCCCCUCAAGACCCACUUCCGAACCCCUCGACCCAUGACUGCUGAGCUAGCUGAGGCCCUUCGAGUUCAGGGAGAACUGUCCGAAUCUAAUUGCGGAGCUAUGCCGCGUCUUGUUUCAGAGGUGCCACCUGAGCUCGAUCCCUGGUAUCUGCCCCCAGACUUCCCCUACUACCAUGAUGAAGGAUGGGUUGCCAUACUUUUAGGCUUUUUGGUGGCCUUUCUGCUUCUGGGGCUGGUGGGAAUGUUGGUGCUCUUCUAUCUGCAAAAUCAUCGCUACAAGGGCUCCUACCAUACCAAUGAGCCCAAGGCUGCCCACGAGUACCAUCCUGGCAGCAAACCUCCCCUACCCACUUCAGGCCCUGCCCAGGUCCCCACCCCUACACCAGCUCCCAACCAAGCUCCAGCCUCAGCCCCAGCCCCAGCCCCAACUCCAGCCCCAGCCCCUGGCCCCCGGGAUCAGAACCUACCCCAGAUCCUGGAGGAGUCCAGGUCUGAAUGAGUCAGAAGGGCUUCUGGGACCAAUUCCAACUCCUGAAAUUCCCCAAGUCCUGCCUCUCCCCCAUCCUAUCAGGGACAUUUGGCUCCUCUUAGCUGGCUCUGCUCAUCCAGAGGAUAUCCCCCAUUCCCCCCUGUCAAGUAUGGUGGGCAGAGCUACAGAUGGAACCCAAGGGAGUGGCCGAGCCUCACUGCCUAAACCAAUGCCCUGCUCAUCCCUGUUCCCCAGGCUCCUGGCUGUUUGUCUGCCCCAAAAGAGAAGCCUCAUGGGGUUGACAUAGUUCCUUCCUGCCAUCUCUGUCCCAGCUGCUGUCAGGGAUUAACAACAGAGUGUAGGGGAGAUUAACUGCUUCCCUUCCAAUAGACACUAUCAGCAGGGACAGAUGUGUGGGAGUGCAGGGCUGCAGAGGGUAUGGGGGGAGGAGGCUGCUAAACCCUAUCCCCCAGCCUCCCCCCUGCCCCGAAGAUCUUCCAUCUGCUUCCACUCAGCUGGGGGCUCGAGAGGGCUUGAUGGCUGUCCCCUGCCCCCCUCCUUUUUUUUGUACACAGAGACCAAGAGGCCUCAGUUUAGCACCUUAGUACCUCCGCUGCUUCACUUGCUUUAGCCAAAGCCAUAAAAAACCUGCAACGUAGAGAAAAUAAUGCAGAUACCCUGACUAGCCAGCCCUCUACUCCUCCACCCUUUUCCAAGAUAUGCAAUGGCCUUUGUGCCUGCCCAAAGGCUUCGCCCCCUCCAGUGCAUGAGGAACCCUCUUUCCUCCGCUCAGAGAUGCUGCUUCAUUUACCCAGGAGGUCGUAUUCUUUAUACAUAUUUUUUGUUGCAAAGUCUCUCUCUAGAGAAACUCUAUAUAUUAUUCGAUUUUUUAAAUUAUUUGUUUAUAUAUAAAAGAAAAGCUCAAUUGGCUGUGCUGUCCUGUGCUGUGCUGUGCCCACAGUCUGUAGUUUGCCUCUCCUGUGUUGGAAGUGUCAUGAGUCCUGCUGGUCACUCACCAGCCUGGUCCGGCCUCCACUCUGAAGCAGGGUUGAGCCUGCUGUGCUCUCAGACGCAGAGCCGUUCCAAUAAAGCAGAGUGGCAGAGCCCCA